AUGUCAGAAUACGCAAACCAGGAAUAUUUCGAUCGAGCUUACUCAGAAUGGAGCAUUAUAGGGACAAUACCUCACGAAUCUGUGGCGUGGCAAGGACUUCUAAGCUCCUCUGCCAUUCAAGUCUCUAAACUGAACCACGAAGUAGUACUGGAUACUCAACACGAUCGUACGUUAGCAAAGAAGUGGAACUCCGAACGUUCACGUAAUCAACUUCAUAUUCAUCAGCCAACAUUCACAAGCGGUAGAACUAAUAAUAACAAUUACAAAUGGAAAAAAAUAAAUGAAUUUUUCUCCCAUGAUAUCACACCAUCACAACUUCGUGAAAAUGACAAUACAGAUCAUGAAAAUGAUGUACCAACAAGUCCUUCACAAGAUGCACCCGAAUGUUUUGAUAAACUUGUAGAUAAUCCUGGAGUUUCACUAGGAAAAACUUGGGACACUUUUACGAUUGAUGAAUUGACAUUGCAAAAUGUUUUGUCCACCAUACUGGGGGUAUUUGACUUGACAGGACAAUAUAAAUUUUCCACGAAAUGGAAUGAACUGUUUAAUGCUUUUCGACUUGAUGUAGGAUGGAAAAUGGUCAAUCUUGACCAAUACGAAUAUGAUCUUUUUGAUAACAUGGAGGACUUGAAAGCCCAGCAAUCAUUACCUGUACCAAGUGCCCAUCUUACGAUAUUAGAUCUGUAUCUUGAACACCUCAAACUACCAAUUAACAAGGGAGAAUUACUAGUUGCAAGCCAGGAAAGGUGUAGGCAAGAGCAAGAUUCUAAUGAUGAGUGUGCUCGUGUUGGAGAAAAAACUGAUAUUAUAAUAGCUUUACCAACAGGACCAGCUUUAGAAGGUUUCAUUUGUGAAGUCUCGGGAGGACUUCCAGCAGGAGACCCCAAAAAAAUUUGGACAGAUAAACUGAAAUUAAUGGAUGGGAUGCGAGAUAUGAUAAACAGAGUAAUGAAGAUCUUUCCUGGUCUACCACCAACAGAUUACAUGAAAGUCAUUGUAUUCGGAUGCCAAGUAAUUGGCUUACAAGUAAAUCUUUAUGCAAUGGAUGUCCGAACUUCAUUAAUUUAUUGUUUCGGAAUGAUUGAUAAGGUUUCUUUACCUGCCUCAACAAAUGAGUUGCCUGCUUACGAAGCAGUGCAUACAAUGUUAUGUUCUUUGGAGCACCAAUUGGACAAAUUGAUGAAUUAUUGCAUGAAUCUUAAGAUUAACAUGCAAAUGGGUGAUGAUGAAAAUAAUGAAAUAAUUCAAGCAUUGAAUGCUGUCAAUUACUCUGAGGAUAGUUAUCCUCCUGAUAAAGAAGAAAAACCAUGGAGUUAUCAAAAUCAACCUUCUCCUACACCUUUUAAUUACAAUGAAAUUAAAAAAAAUAUACAGUACAUCGAUAUAAUUAAAAAAGAAAGGGUCUCUGGUUCUGCAUUCAUAGAGCUAAGUCAAGAAGUUCUUAUGGGUGGGUUAUUAAUGGGACCAGCAAUAACCAUAGCUAAAUUGAUCAGAGAUUCUGUACAAUCAGUGAGAUUUGCUUUGGACCCUAAUCAUUCAAAGAGACAUCAAAAAUCUGAAUCAGACCAUCAUAUAAUUACUGAUGUUAACAAAAAAAAUAACAACAAACGAUAUAAAACGAUGAGAAGGUCUUCUGCUCCUGUGACUGGAUCAUUAAAUAAUAAUUCCGAAGAAGAUUCAAAGAUUCCAACAGUAAAUAUUGAAUCUAUUGACAACAACAACAAUGUAUUAUUAUCAUCUUCACCGCCACAACCACAAAAUAAUAAUUACGUUAAUGUUUCAUCAUCUGUUUCAUCAUCUUUGGAUUCUAAUGCUUGUUCACUAUCUCCACCUUCCUUAACUCCUUCCUCCUCAGUGUCUUCUUUAAGCUCUUCUAGAAUAUCUAAUACAACAGUAACUACAAAACCAAAAUUACCGCCAUCUUCUUCAUUAACUCCGGCACCGCUACCAUCUUUAAAUAAUUUUAAUCUGAGACCAAAAUCAAAAAGUAUUUCAACAGAAAAUCCCUUCACAUCCUACUCCUUACCUGAUCGAGUCACUCCAGCUUCUUAUGAUGAUGUGCCAUGGUCGCCUGCUGUCUCAUUUUUAUCCAGUUUGGCUUCUGCAACUUCAAUUUCCCCUUCACCCGAUGACGAAGGUCAACAAGUUGGUGAUUACGUUCUUGGUAAAAUUAUUGGUCGUGGUGGGUUCUCCACCGUAAGAGAAGGUUAUACUAUGGAUAAUUCAUGUACAAUGGAAAAAGCAUUGCUUGAAAGAGAAAUAGCAAUUUGGCGAGAAUUAAAACAUCCAAAUAUAAUAGAAAUGUUUUCUGUCAAAGUAACAGAAUAUGCCACCUUUAUCUUUUCUGAAUUUUGCCCUGGUGGAACUUUAUUACAAUACAUUAAAAAUCAUUCUAAAGCUUCUGGUAAAGGCUUGGACGAAGACGAAUCACGUCAUAUUUUCUUGGAAGUGUCUAGUGCAUUGAGAUAUUUACAUAAUGAUAUGAAAUUGGUACACAAAGAUAUCAAGCUGGAUAAUAUCAUAUUAGGUAAAGAUGAUACUUGGAAAAUUUGUGAUUUCGGUUUAACCGAAUUUCAAAACCCUGAAGCCAAUGGAUUUUCUAACCUUGACGAGGUUGCUGGUGGUUCGUUGGCUUAUUCUUCACCAGAACAAUUAAGUUCAAAGAUUACAAUGAUUUUUUUUUACCCGACACAAGACAGUACUUUUUUGAUGAAAUACUGA